AAACUAGUAUUUCUAUUUUAUUAUAUAAUUUUCAAUUAUAGAGUUAAAUUUAGCAAUUGAUAGAAAAACUAGAGAAGGCUGGGAUGGUGCGUGGGAGGGAACAAGGUGAAAAAAGAACAAAACAAGAUAAAUAAGAUGGUGUACGCUUGUUGCUUAUCAAGUAUAUAAGAUUAGAGAAGGAGAGGAGCUAAGAAUGGAAUCGGAGAUGGGGGGAAAAGACAAAAAGGUAAGGAGAAAGGCUGCUAGAGUGAUGAUAGAGAGUUGGUUGAACGAGUUGAAGGAAAUAGAGAGGCAAAGAAUGGCGUAGACACAUACACAUUAGAAUGAAAAAGAUUAAGCAGAUAAAAUAAGACAGGAUAUGUUAGAAAAAUCCAGAAAAUUUCUAAAGGUUUGCCACCCAUACUUUAAAUUUCAAGAAAGUAUCCUCCGAAUUAACGCACAAGUAUUUCAAAUAAGGCAAACGCCUAGGGGAGGAUUUGAUUGAUAAAGGUCUUAUAGGCCUUCAUUUUAUCUGAGCUGUUCGUCCAAUCAUCAUAGCAGAAUACAGAGCGACACAGCCCAUACAGCCUUUGGACGCCGUCAUCGUUCCUUCUCUAAAUUUACCAGUAAGUCAGUCGGAAAAUAAAUUCUUCUGCACUCGAUACUAUUGUUACAGGAGGAAAUAAGUUAUUGUUUUUGUCUACUUAAGUAACCCGAAUUUAUUUAAAUAUACAUAUAUCAAUUUGCGGUUGGAGAGCAGAAGAGUAUAUCUUUUUGGGAUUCUGAAUGACCGAAAAAGAAGCAUGCUGAUAUUGUCUCAGCUACUAAUGGCUUUGAUCACUUACCCCUGUUUGUUGAGAAGUGCAGCAACAAGGAAUUUAAGUGAUGAAGAGAGACUUUUAAUAAACCUUUUUAAGGAUUAUAACCCUUCCGCCCGCCCAGUCAUCGAUUCUGCCAAUACCGUCACAGUUGAUAUCCAAUUUUCACUGAUGCAUAUUAAAGAUUUAGAUGUUCGAAGUCAGGUAUUCACAACUACGGGUCUACUAAUUGUAGAAUGGAUAGAUGAACGUCUCGUUUGGAAUUCUACAAAAUUUAAUAAUGCAUCUGAUAUGAUUGUUGAGGCGGAUCGCCUUUGGCGUCCGGAGUUUGCUGUAAUUAAUGGAGCCGAAAAACUGUAUGAAGAUUACAAGGCUUUCAGAGCAUCUAUAUCAAGCAUUGGACAAGUUCAUUGGGAGCCAGGGGGAGUUUUUAAAGUAACUAGAAAACGCAUAAUCAAAUUAUUUUAAUAAAAGUGCUAGAUUUAUUAUAGCUUCUUAGUUACUUUCAGACAAUGUGUGAAAUCGACAUUACAUACUAUCCUUUUGACGAACAAGUUUGCGCCUUGGUUUUUGGCGCCUGGAGUUAUCACACAUCUAAAAUGAAUUUGACAACUUCAACAUCAGUCGUUAAUUUAGAUAGCUAUAAAACAAAUGGCGAAUGGGAAAUUUUUACAACAUCUGCAGUUCGCAACGAAUUCAAUUACGAAUGUUGUCCGAAUGAAAAAUUCUCCAACGUUGAAUUUAAGGUUUACUUAAGGAGGAGACAUACAUUUUACGUUCUGAAUGUUAUCCUUCCUAGUAUUAUGACUUCCGUUCUUUUACUUUCUGUUUUCUUUUGUACGCCAAAUCAGAAGGUUCAGAUAGGCGUUGUUGUGCUUCUCUCUUUUCGAAUCUUUUUACUAAAUGUGGCUGGAAACAUUCCAAAGACAUCUGAUCACAUACCUCUACUGGGAAUUUAUCUAACAGUGACCAUGGCAAUUACGACUCUCUCCAUGGUUUUGACGGUUUUUGUCCUUAACUUACACUAUAUCUCAGAUCGGCCAGUACCAUCUUGGGCAAAAACUCUCAUUAUCGACUACAUGGGAAGGUGUAUGUGUAUGUCAUCUUAUAAGAAGGAUAAAAGAAGGUCGACGGUGAACGGUAUAACUUUAGAGAAAAUUGGGGAAAGAAUUGCAAGACAUACCAUGGAAGAAGAAGGUUUUAUUAAAGAUUCUGAAGAAGAUUUCAGCGCUGAUUGGAAAAGAAUGGCAGAAGUUUUCGAUAGACUUUUCUUUUGGUUCUUUCUUACAGCGAUACUAAUAACAACUCUUAUCCUCUUUCAUCCGUUGACUAAAGCUUGUAUGAAAUUAAAUUGUGCCACUACUAAAACUUAAACUCAGAGUAUUCGGCUAUUCUUUUCCACUGUGUAAUAAAUUACAGAAGAAAAUUUGUUUUAUUGUAAACAAUAAGUAAACAAACAAACAAAUACAAUAACUUUUGAAAUUUUUUACUAUAAUUGUCUACUGUAAAACCAAGUGCUCAAUUGCUGUGUCAACAAACCUAGUCAAACAAGCUUUCUCUUGUUUGUCUAUUGUUUCUUCUUUUUGAUAUAAGCUUUAUGAUAGAAAUUGAGGAAUAGCGCAAUUAUUGUCACGCCAUACGCAAGCGACGCCCACUGCAUCCACAUAGGAUAGUCACACUGAAAAUAAAUGGACUGGAUACCAUAAAUCAUUCCAGUGUAAAAUUGAAGUAGUUGCAAAAUCGUUAAAUACUUCUUCCAUCCCAAAUACUUUCUAACUUUGGGUCCAAAACUUGACAAACCGUAAUACGUAUACAUAACGACAUGAACAAAUGAAUUAAUCAUUGGGCCAAGAAAACUCUGUCCACCUGCUACCCACUUCACACCAAUCCACCAAAGUGGGAACAUCGUUGCAUGAUGAUAAACAUGUAAAAAAGAUAUUUGAUUGUUUUUCUUCCGUAGAACAAAUAAAAAAGUAUCACCGAAUUCUAAUAAUUUAGAAAAGUAGAACCACCAUAUAGCCCGGGCUAUACGAAGCUCUUCAGGGUGAUUUGUGUAUGAAACUCGCUGACAUGAAUAGCUAUAAUUUAAAUUUGAGCUUGCCGAAAAGAUUUCAGUACAAAUAUGUAAAUUAAUGAGUAUUAAAACAAAGUUAUAAACAAUCAACAGAGGGCGAAGCUCUAAGGCUUUACGAUUCUUCAUGACUAUCGGCCCGAGCUGAGUGAUCAUUAAAUAACCAAGAGUAAGCAAAAGAGUGGGAGUAAAUGAGUCCAUUAAAAGCCAUUUUUCAACUCUCUUAUCUGUUAAAUAAAACUUUAUUGCAGAUAGUAUUUCGACUUUCUAUUCUAUAUGUUUAAUCAACUAUAAAUUUGUACUGGUACAAUAAACAAACAUGACCAUUCCUCUAUUUAUGUUACAUAUCGUAGUUAAGAACAAAAACUCUGUCGGCUUUUUUUGCAGACGACAACGUUUUUGAUGAAAAGUAGCGAUAGCAACAGUUUAAUGAAUACGUCAAGAAUAGAAAGAGUAGAAAAGUAACAAUAUGUACCUGCUCUUGUGAGAGCCCAGUCGUAAAAUUCCCUAAAAUCUGUAAUUUUUCUGGUAAAAACAUUCAUUUUCCAACAAUAAAUGACGCCAAUCAAUAAAGUAGGGCAAGGGUUAAGUUGCUAUGGUUGCGAAGUAAACAACAGAAAUAGCUUGCAUAAGCACACUAGUGACCUCUAUCCGGCUUCACGUCCUAGUUUGAACACGUUAUUGAAGUCACCCAAGUCUAAAUCAUGUUGUUCCUUAACUGGCUCCAAAAAAUACACCAAGAAAAUAAAAAUACUCGAUUAGAAAAUUGGCCAUUAACGAGUUUUAAUAGCUUAUUGACCAUGUCAUUUUUGUAUUUAGCAAUGGUAUAUUAUGGACCCAAAUUUAUGGAAUCUAGGAAGGCGUUAAGAGUUAACAAGCUCCUUAUAAUUUACAACAUAACAUGUGUAUGUCUUUCCUGUUACAUGGUAUACGAAUUUUUGGUGACAUCAAUAUUUAGACCCGAAUGGAACUGGAUUUGUCAAGAAGUUAGCAAAGAUGACAACGAAUUAAAUUAUAGGCUAGCCAGAAUCAAUUACAUCUAUUAUAUUUCAAAAUUCUUCGAAUACACCGACACGUUAUUCUUCAUAAUUCGAAAAAAUAAUAGACAAAUUACCUUUCUACAUGUCUUCCAUCAUUCAUCAAUGGCUGUUCUUUGGUGGGUAGCUAUUCAAUACGUGCCAGGUGGCGAGUCGUUUGGACCACCAGCAGUAAACUCAUUCGUCCAUGCACUUAUGUACUUUUACUAUACAUUAUCUGCAGCUGGACCAGCUUUCAAAAAAUAUCUUACCUUUAAAAGACAUAUUACUAAAAUUCAAAUGCUACAAUUUUGUUUAGUAUUUGUUAAAAUGUGCACAGCUACAAUGUCUGAUUGUAAAUUUCCUAAAUUUCUACUUAUGUCUGUAGCUGGAUAUUGCAUAAUAAUGAUGGUGUUGUUUGCCAAUUUUUUCAGACAGGCAUAUAUAAAGAAAAAAGAUAAAUAGUUAAUUUAACUUAAUAAUAUCGUCUGAAGUUGAUUGGACUAAAGUGAAACAGACAAAAAUAAAAUAUUACUAUAAU